AUGCGAUCUAAGAUCGUACUGUUGGCCAUUGGCCUUCUUGUCGCAGACUCUGCGCUAGCCAGUCCUUGCAAGCCCAGGUCCUCCACUUCGGAGCAUGCAAUCUCAACCUCUGCCGCUUUUACAACCACCGAGGAAUCAUCCACUGUUUCAUUAUCUGAACCAUCCAUCGAGACUGGCACAACCAUCACAACCGCGCCAGGCACUACUACAACACCUAAGGUCGAGACAACAACCGCGGCCGAACUUGCCACCACGACGGCUGACUCUGAGACAACAACUGCUGAGGAAUCUACCACUACGGCAGUCGAGGCUGAGAGCGCGACCACCACCGCCGUAGCCACCCCAACAUUCACCAUUGUCGGCGGCGGUGGCGCUAUACAAGGCGCGCCCCUCAAAGGUAUCGACCAAGAUGGUAGCAUCCUGCUAUUCAACCCUCAAGUCGGAAACGGCCGUACCAGAACGAUGAUCCUCAACCCCGACACAGGCCGACUGCGAGAUAAAGAUACUGGAAUUCUCUUGUGCGCUUAUUACGGCUCUGCCAACUCGCCCGAUGACCCUGCCAACAUUGCCUUUUGCCAGAAUGGCAACACCGGUCUCAACACCCCUUACGAGUAUAUGACCUGCCACAUCACCAGCGGCAAGCUCUCUUGUACAGCCCCGAAAGGCCAAUGCCCCACUGACGAUGACGGCAACUCCCUAGGCUGCACCACUGAAAGUUUCAGCGGCGAAAACAAUCAGUUUUAUUACAAGGCCCAGUCAGGCGUCGGUGAUUACUUGUUCAUCUCUAGCGGUAGUCCUGCUGGCUACACAGCUGUCGACAUUAUUGCCCAAGAAGCAUGA